AUGUCACCGCCCGCCAUCAUUGCGCCUUCUAUCCUGUCCGCCGACUUUGGAGCGCUGGGCAAGGCUUGCUCAGACACAAUUGCCCAAGGCGCCGACUGGCUUCAUGUGGACAUCAUGGACGGCCACUUUGUGCCAAACAUGACAUUUGGCGCCCCCGUCGUCACAAAGAUCCGCUCACACGUUGACCGCCCCACCACGGCAUAUGCAAAGGGUACUUUUGACUGCCACAUGAUGAUUGCCGAGCCCAAGCGCUGGGUCCGCGACUUCAAGAAGGCCGGUUGCGACCUCUACUGCUUCCACUAUGAGGCCGCCGUGUCGUCUACUGCCGCCGACUCGCCCAGUGGACAGUCGGACCAAAAGACGUCACCAAAAGAACUGAUUCGGUUCAUCCAUGCCGAGGGCAUGCAAGCCGGUAUUGCCAUUAAGCCAAGCACGCCCGUCGACGUACUGUGGGAGAUAUUGGACAGCCCAAACAAGGAAGAGGUGCCUGAUAUGGUCCUGGUCAUGACGGUAGAGCCCGGUUUUGGUGGUCAGUCCUUUAUGGCAUCUGAACUCCCCAAAGUGACCGCUCUUCGACAAAAGUAUCCCGAAAUGCACAUUGAAGUUGACGGCGGCUUGAGCGAAAAGACGAUUGACCAGGCUGCCGAUGCCGGUGCCAAUGUCAUUGUUGCGGGCAGCGCUGUCUUUGGCGCUGCGGACCCUGGUGACGUGAUCAAGAAGCUGAGACAAGCCGUCGACAGCAGAAGGGGUAAACUGUAG